CACUCAUUCUCCAUCAUACAUUCACCACCGAAAGACAGUCGCGCAGAAGAGAGGACGGGAGACAAACCAGAGUAACCGCAGAAUAAACCCCGACACACUCCGAAGUGGACGUGUUGCCAUAGGGAAUAAAAGAUGGGCGACCACACGGCUCUUUUGCUGUUGAUGGUAGCGACCUUCACGUUGGCCAGCGAGGUGCCAUCGGAUGAGUCUGCGGGGCUGCUGGCGGAGCCUCAGGUGGCCAUGUUCUGUGGGAAGCUCAACAUGCACAUGAACGUGCAGACGGGCAAGUGGGAGCCCGACCCCAGCGGCAGCAAGAGCUGCAUCGGCACCAAGGAAGGAAUACUGCAAUACUGCCAGGAGGUGUACCCUGACCUGCAGAUCACCAACGUUGUGGAGGCCAACCUCCCGGCCAGCAUUGAGAACUGGUGCAAGAAGGGCCGCCGGCAGUGCCGCAACCAUGUGGUCAUCGUGGUGCCCUACCGCUGCCUCGCUGGAGAGUUUGUAAGCGACGCCCUGCUGGUUCCGGAUAUGUGCAAGUUCCUGCACCAGGAGCGCAUGGACAUGUGUGAGAGCCAUCUGCACUGGCACACUGUGGCCAAGGAGUCUUGCGGAGAUCGCUCCAUGAACCUGCGUGACUAUGGGGUGCUGUUGCCGUGCGGUAUCGACCGUUUCCGUGGCGUUGAGUUUGUGUGCUGCCCCGUGGAGGCCCAACGCAGCUCAGACAGCGCCGAGCCCGACGACGCCGACUCUGUAGUGUGGUGGGGAGGAGCUGAGGAAUACACCGACAACACUGAGGACACCAUGCCUCGUGAACAGGCCCCUGUAGUAGAACAACAACAGCAGCAGCAGCAGCAGCAGCAGCAGCAGGAGGAGGAAGAGGAAGAGGAAGAUGUGGUCAUGGAGGAGGAACCCGAACCGUCCGUGGUGGAGGAGGACGAAGAGGAGGCCGAGGAGGAUGAGGAGGCCCUGGAGGAGGAGGAAGAGGAGGAGGAGGAGGUGAUGGAGGAGGACGACGUGGAGGAGGAGGACUGGGAGAACGACGAGGAUGGUGACGGAGUGGAGGAUGAAGACGAGGAUGACGACGACGAGGAGGAUGUGACCGACGAGCGCGAUACUAGCGAGCAGACGUCUAAUGUUGCCAUGACUACCACCACCACUACCACCACCACCGAGUCUGUGGAGGAGGUCGUCAGAGAGGUGUGCUGGGCGCCGGCCAAGACGGGUCCGUGCCGGGCCAUGCUGCAGCGCUGGUACUUUAAGGCGGAGACGGGCCGCUGCGUGCCCUUCAUCUUCGGGGGCUGCGGCGGCAACCGCAACAACUUUGACUCAGAGGAGUACUGCAUGGCCGUCUGCAGCAGCAGCCUGCCCACCAUGGCCCCCAGCCCCCCCAACGCUGUGGACCGCUACCUGGAGGCCCCCGGAGAUGUCAACGAGCACGCCCACUUCCAGAAGGCCAAGGAGAGUCUGGAGGCCAAGCACCGCGAGAGGAUGAGCCAGGUGAUGAGGGAAUGGGAGGAGGCCGAGAGACAAGCCAAGAGCCUGCCCCGCGCUAGCAAGAAGUCCCUCAUCCAGCGUUUCCAGAUGAAGGUGGAGGCUCUGGAGCAGGAGGCUGCCAGUGAGCGCCAGCAGCUGGUGGAGACCCACAUGGCCCGCGUGGAGUCCCUGCUCAACGACCGCCGACGCCUGGCCCUCGAGAGCUACCUCACCGCCCUGCAGGCCGACCCACCCAGGCCUCGUCAAGUCUUCAGCCUGUUGAAGAAGUACGUGCGAGCUGAGCAGAAGGACAGGCAGCACACCCUCAAGCACUUUGAGCACGUGCGCAUGGUAGACCCCAAGAAGGCUGCCCAGAUCCGACCCCAGGUGCUGUUCCACCUCCGUGUGAUUGAGGAGCGCAUGAACCAAUCGCUGGGCUUCCUCUACAAGGUGCCCAGGGUGGCCAAUGAGAUCCAAGACCAAGUUGCCCUGCUGAUGCAGAGGGACCAGUCGGAGGUGGCCCAGCAGGUGUCCUCUCUGCAGUCUGAGAAGCGUGUGAGCUAUGGUAACGACGCCCUGAUGCCCGAGCAGGCCUACAGCACCACCCCCCUGGACAACAUCCCCCCAGAGCAGGACGGACUGGGCUACGUACACCCCGAGAGCUUCAACCAGGCCAACACAGAGAACCACGUUGAGCCAGUCGAUGCUCGUCCCAUUCCGGACAGAGGACUGCCAACUAGGCCCGUGUCUGGCCUGAAACCUGAGGAGAUGCCCGAGGUCCGCAUGGACACAGAAGAUCGCCAUGGCGCCGGCUAUGAAGUCCACCACCAGAAACUGGUGUUCUUCACGGAGGACGUGGGCUCCAAAAAGGGAGCCAUCAUUGGCCUGAUGGUGGGCGGCAUCGUCAUCGCAACUGUCAUCGUCAUCACCUUGGUCAUGCUGAGGAAGAAACAAUACACCUCCAUCCACCACGGAGUCAUAGAGGUUGAUGCUGCCAUCACCCCAGAAGAGCGCCACUUGACCAAGAUGCAGCAGAACGGCUAUGAGAAUCCCACCUACAAGUACUUUGAGCAGCUGCAGAAUUAAGCACUUCUACAGCUACCCCCCCCCCCCAAAAGCUUUCACCCAAAACAAAUCAAACGCACGCGCACAUAGCAGCCCCUCGCCUCUCCUCUCCUCUCCUCCCCGCCUCCCAUCUCCUCCUCUCCAGCGCCCCACAACCCUGCAUCCCAUCCCAUCCAGACCUCAAGACUCCCACCACCACCACCAUCACCCUAACCUUCACCAACCCUCCACCCUGCUUAUCCGACUCCACCUCCCCCUGCCCCCUCCCACCCCCACCCCCACCCCAGCCGUCUGCUGAGUCACAUCGAUAUCACCAAGGCCACCAAAGCGACUUGUCUGACUCUGGCUACUUCGUCCAAUCACAGACGGGCGAUCGCAGAUGAUAUCUCUCCCUUGCCGCGGUGGGCAGACAGACAGUCAGAGAUGAGUGUAAUGGAAAAGACCCAGCGCUAGUCCAUCUGUGCUGCUCAUGCUGUGUGUGUGUGUGUGUGUGUGUGUGUGUGUGUGUGUGUGUGUGUGUGUGUGUGUGUGUGUGUGUGUGUGUGUGUGUGUGUGUGUGUGUGUGUGUGUGUGUGUGUGUGUGUGUGUGUGUGUUCUCCUGCUGUGCUGGGGCUCCCAGUGCUGGUGUCCCAGCUGCAGGCUGGAUCAUGGGGAGACAGACUGUUUGGGGAGUGGAGAGGGCAUGGUUGGAGAGUGCAUGGUUUGGUUGGUGGAUGUGAUGUAUGGGGGUGGAGAGGGCAGCUUGUUAGCUUAAGCUUUCCACUUUUUCGCCCCAUCCUCAAAUUCCUGCCCUCCAUCCAUCCCUACCUCCCUCCCACAGUCUUGCUCUUUCAUCUCUCUUCAUCCCUCGCUUCCAUUCCCCCCCUCCUCUGCCCACUCCCCUCUAUCCCUCUAUCCCGCUCUACUCACUCCGCCUCAUCUCAUUGCCUCCAUCUCCGACUCCAUUCCUCCAUUCCAAAAGGAUGACAGCUGUGCUAUGUUUGGGCACGGCAUUGCCUCAUUCCAACCCCCUCUCCAGACCCACCCCCCACCACCACCACCACCGCCUCAUUCCAACCCCCUAACCCCCCCAAACCUCAACCCCUUUGACACCCCCACCACCCUCCCCGCUUCACUCAGGCGCCCCCCCAGAUGAGGUCAUCCUCCAGCACAUUUCAAAAGAAUUUAUUCCAGGUUUCCGUUUUUUCCAGGAAAAAAAAAAGAAAAAAAAGAAAAAAGGAGGAAAAAAAAUUGUCAGCAAACACUAACGGAGAUAAGCAAUGAAUGUUUCUUUUUUAUUUUGGUGUGUUAAUAAUGUAUUGGAAAAAAAAAUAAGGCAAGAAACCUUAGCUGUUUAUCUAUGUAGUGCAUGCUCAGCUAUGGCGGAGGAGGAUUCCCCCUGGGGCCUCUACAUUCACACACACACACACACCCUCACCUACAACACUCACACUCGCACACCAUUUUGGCCCCUGGGGUCCCCGGCCACCUCCCGCGUAGACUUUUAGCAGGAUUGUACAUUUUAGUGUCCUCUUGUGAUCACGUGAUUUAAAAAAGAAAAAAAGAAAAGAAAAGCUGAAGAUUAAAAAAAAAAAACAAGAAACGGAGAAAAAAAAUCUGUAAUCCAUUUCUGCUUCUCUCAUCACAGAGACAUGGCUUUAAAAAAAAAAAAAGAGGUCUGCGCUUUUUUGUUGUUGAUUUUUCUUUCUUUCUUUUGUUGUUAAUUUUCCUUAAGGACUGAGCUCUACACAAACAAACAACCACACACACUCCCCUUGUCGCAUGGGGCUGGAGAAACAUGUAAUGUAAUAUAAUAUAUAAAAGGAAAAAGCUUAAUAUUAUCAUACGUUUUAAGGCUUCUUUUUUCGCCUGAGAGAAGAUGAUGAAUAAAUAUGAUUCCCGCGCACGCAGUUUUUUUUCUUGAAGAGGGAACGCACAAAAAGUUAACCCUUUUUACGUUUUUCAUUCCAUGACGGAAGAGUUUUUGGGAUGUGGUGUGAAAAAAAAAGAAAAGAUCAGGAUGGGGUUUAAAUGUUAUGGGACUGUGUUUCAGAGCAAGGCAAACGCUAAAGGAAAAAGAGAGGAAUGAUCAUCCAUUUUGGAUUUUGUGUAUAUUUCAUUUCCCUUCCAAGAUUUCCAAGCAUUCUACUUAAGAAACAAAACAAAAAACUAUAAUUAUUAUAUGAAAUAAUUUCCAGUGUCUGUGAUAUUCACGCGCACGGAAUGGGAUAGUGACUAGAAGAACACCCCCUUAGGUCAAAUCUUCCCCCUCUCCUCUCUUCUCUUUUUUUCUCUCUUCUUACUCGAUGUGUUGUUCUUUCACUCUUUCACGCUGUGGUAGUGCUGAGGUAAGCAGGAAAGCCGGACUGAUGGCUUCCCCCCUGAGUGCUGAAGAGAAGUGGAUUGUGGGGCUUAAACGCUUGAUAGUGAGAGACAGCAAGCCAGUGUGACACGUAGUCUUCACUCAGUGUGUCGUUUAAACACAAGCACACAUACACACACACACAGUCUCUCUCCGUUACACUUUGUGGUUUGUGUGUGUGUGUGUGUGUGUGUGAGAGAGAGUGAGAGUCUGUGGUGCCCGAUUUAAGUCUCUGGUGUCUUGGAAACCGAUGACUGCACGCCACAUUCUACAGUGGGCUUUUCAGUGUAUGGCUACUGCCAAGUUACAUGCCUGAGGGAAGAAAAUGUGGGUAGUUGGAUAGUAUAGUUUUGACUGAACGGCUAAAAAUGAAACCUGUGUCAUCACCAGUUACUGGGCGAAAUAUAUAUAAAAAAAUUGGAUAAGUCUUGAAGCCUGUGUGGUCUUGUGGAGAAAAAAAAGAGUGCUGCAUCGUAGUGAGGAAAAACAGUUGGAGGGCAUUUCAAAGACCUAUGUAGUCGCGAGACAGAUGUUGGUGCAAUUAAUUUACGAAGCAACUCGUGGACUGACACAAUAAAACACUAGCACAUUUUGACAAAGCACUUAAAAUUGUCUCUGUCCACAGUUGAGUCCAAGUGAUGGUGGUUUUAAACCCAGGACCCAAAAUGAAAAACGUAGGCAUUCUGACCCAUUUUCUUUUUGUCUGAUCUUUUUUCUUUUUCUUUCUGUGACUAUUUUUCCCCUCUGUGUCUGUACAAACCAUUGGCUUCGAGAGAGGGGGAAGCUUUCUACACUGUAUCCCAUGAAUAAAGUUUUGAAUGUACAUACAGA